AUGCAAUACGUUGGAAGAGCUUUUGACUCGGUCUCAAAGACUUGGAGUUCCAUCAAUCCUUCCACUCUUUCUGGGGCAAUUGAUGUCAUUGUCGUGGAGAAUGAACACGGUGAAUUGAAUUGUUCACCUUUCCAUGUUCGGUUUGGUAAAUUUCAAUUAUUAAGACCAUCUCAGAAAAAAGUUGAUUUUAUAAUAAAUGGGAAAUUGACAAACUUACCAAUGAAAUUAGGUGAUGGUGGUGAAGCAUUCUUUGUCUUUGAAACUUCUAAAAAUGUUGAUGUUCCAAAUGAUAUGAUUACUUCUCCAGUUUUAUCUGCAGCUUCAUCCCCUGCUUCAUCUCCUCCAACUUCUCCAAAGAAAAGUUCAACUUUUAGUUCAUUACAAGAACCUGAAUUCUUGGAUAUAUCACAAUCUUCACCUGAUUUAACUGAACCUAAGCCAAAACCUGUUCCAAUCCCUUUAUCAAAUUCUGAUCCGGAAUUACCAACAAAGACUUCAAUAACUUCAACUUCACCACUACCACCUUCAUCAACUUCACCAAAAGAUGCAACUUUGGAAAAAUUACAAAAAUUAUCGAAAAAAUUAACAAUGAUCAACAUACCUACCAAAAUUGAUAAAAAUGGUGAUUUAUUCCUAGAUAUGAAUGGUUAUAAAUCAAAUGAGCAAAACAUUCAUGACACUGAUGAUAUCAUAAAUAAAAUCCUUACAGAAGAAUUCGGUGAUGGUGUAGAUAUAUCAUCUUUAAUUAAAGAAGAUGAAAUGGGGAACAUUAAAAUUUUCUCCAAUGAUGAAUUAUCACCACCAUUAACAUCAGCUUCAGAUUCGUUAGAUGUCACAAGCAUAGCUUCCACUUCUGAUGACAUUCUCACAAAUACAACAAGUUCAUCUGCAACAAAUUAUGUUAAAACACUACGUUUAACUUCUGAUCAAUUGAAAUUUUUGGAUUUAAAACAAGGUGAAAAUGAUCUUUGCUUUAGUGUCGAUAAAGGUAAGGCUUUUAUCACUUCAAAAUUAUACCUUUGGAAAUCUGAUGUCCCUGUGGUGAUUUCUGAUAUUGAUGGUACUAUAACAAAAUCUGAUGCAUUAGGUCAUGUCCUAACUAUACUUGGAAGGGAUUGGACACAUCCUGGUGUGGCUAAACUAUUUACUGAUAUUAAGAGAAACGGGUACAACAUCAUGUACCUAACUGCAAGAUCAGUGGGACAAGCUGAUUCCACAAGGUCAUAUUUAAGAAAUAUAGAACAAGAUGGUGAUUCUUUACCUUAUGGACCUGUUUUAUUAUCACCAGAUAGAACAAUGGCUGCUUUGAAAAGGGAAGUCAUAUUGAAAAAACCUGAAGUUUUCAAAAUGGCGUGUUUAAAUGAUAUCAAGAAUUUGUAUGGAGAAGGUUAUAAUCCAUUUUAUGCAGGUUUUGGUAAUAGAAUUACAGAUGCCCUAAGUUAUAGAAGUGUUAAUAUCCCAUCUUCAAGAAUUUUCACUAUAAACCCUGUGGGGGAAGUUCAUAUGGAAUUGUUAGAAUUGGCUGGUUAUAAAAGUUCGUAUGUUUAUAUUAAUGAAUUGGUUGAUCAUUUUUUCCCACCUGUGGAUUCUGGUGAUGUUAAUGAUGAGCAUUUCACUGAUGUUAAUUUUUGGAGAGAACCAUUGCCUGAUUUAAGUGACCUAAGUGAU